CUAUAACUGACUUCCGUGUUCUGAGCCCGUAGUUUUUGUAGUGAUUUUUAUGAUAAUCGUCCUGUACUUCAUAUAGAUUUAAAAAAGUGAUAAUCCUAUUGUUCAAACAUUAUCCAUAUUAACAACACAAAUGCUGUGAUACACACUCAGAAAUAAUAUAUUUUACUAAUGUAACGGUGAAAUCUGGCGUCGGAAAAGAUUUUCACAGCUAUGCCACCAUGAAGAAGACCAGAAAGCCAUCCUCGGGAAAUGUUGGCUUUGAGAAAUCAAGAAAGGUUUGUUCUUUUGCUAAUUUGCUACAUGGCAACGGAUUAGAACAUUUAAUAAUUUAAUAUCCAUAGCAAUUUCUAAUCCAGGUAGCAGAUUCGUGCAAUUUAUAUUGAAUAACUGCAUGACGACAUAAAAUCCUCUCGAUUAUUACAAUUUGAACUUUUUUGUUAUGAUUAAUAGGUUUCCUACAUAUCCAAAUGUGAAUUAGAAUACGAAACCUACUUAGAAUUGCAAUGAAGUGUUAAAUUACUUGUAUGUAAACAAUUGCGUGCAUACGAUUUUUGCGAACAAAAUUAUUGCAGACUGGCUCUUCACAGGGGGUUAAUUAAAGUAAUUUAUCAUAUUACGGGCAGCCCAAACGUUCAACACCCUUUUAUUCCUAGAUUAAUUGUAUUAUUUUUAACAUUUAUUAUAAAAUUUUCAUCUUAUUUAAGCCACCUAGAUUUGUAGUAUUGAUAGUAGUGAAAAUUUUCUAUAGUAUGCCCAUGGAUGAUUUUGCCAGCGAUUUUGGACGCUGCAAGCAUGCAUUGUUUUGGCUGCAUGUGGUCAUUCAAAUAUCAGAGAGAAGUUAAUUGGGGUCCCAGAAGGGGAGCAGAUUCACAAGAUUUCAUGAGCUACAGUAUGACUCUUCCAAGUGCCAGCUAAUUAAUCCUAUUUAUACACUGAUACAUGAGCAUGGAGUUUGGAUGCACCCUGUGCAUAUUUGGCAAGUCUGCUCCUGGUAGGGUGAGAAAUAUGCUGUAAGAAUAACUAGUGUGCUCAAAGUGCUGAAUAUAUUCCAAGUUUGCUUUCUGUUUUAUUCAGCCAUUUGAACAAACAUCACACAAGUUUCUAUAGUGUAGACUGCUAUCACAGCUAGGUGGCUCCAGUCGGUUCUCAAUACAUAGCAAUCUAUUAUUCCUUGCAUGUCAACCUAUAUAGAUUACAAAUUUUAGAGUCUCUGAGUCUGUAAUUUGUCUAAUUUGUUAUAUUAACCAUUAAAUACUACAAGUAUAGGCACAGCAUUGGGGCAUAUUGCAAUGCAAAUAAGUUGGUUAAUAUAUCUGAUUGAACAUGCAGAUAGAUUUUUAUUCUGGCAAUGUGCCAUAGUGUUCUCCCCUUGAUGAAUAAAAUUAUGUUGCACUAGGACACAGCUGUGCAAGUUCAAUGGAUUAACUCAAAAGACCGAUGGGCAGAUAGUGUGAUUAACUCAUUGAGCACCAGUGCUCUAGUGCCCUUGACGAAUAAAAUCAUUUGGCAUUAGAAUAAAAUUGUAAUAGCUGUACUGUACUACUUAGCACAUUAGGGUGGAAUGCAACUUAACCCACUCAAUGGCAUUGCUCCCUAAUACACCCUACUUUAAUUUAUUGUUUUACUCGGUCUAAUGCCAUGCAGACAAUUUUACUUGUCAAGGGGAGAGUGCAUGCUGACCCUUAAUAUAUGGGCUAACGGUUAAUUGCAGGCUGGGUUCUGUUUGUCAGGCAUGGCGGGUUUAGCCCAUUAUGUUUUGCCCAGAUGGGCAUUGAUCAAUAAUACUGUAAGUAAUUAUUAGUUAUAAUAUGCAUGAAAUAUAAGCCAGAUGAACUGAAAGCAUGACUGACAAACAAGAUUGUCAGAUUAUGGAAACCUAGCCUGCGAACAGGCUCUCUUUGAACUCUCAAUUCAAAGAGCCUGUUCGCAGGCUAAUGGAAACCUAGCUCACACUGCCAAAUAUUUUGUGUUGUAAGAAUAUUAGUUGUCAGCCAGGAUCAUUGCCCUGAUUUUGCAGGAUUUUUACAAGAUCUUGAUAGGGGCCAGUUCAGAAUGGAAUCCCUGUGUCUCAAAUGCUAAUAUUAUUCAGACAUACAGAAAUCUGAUGAGUGUAUUCAGAGACAGGGGAGGGUCAUACUCAGCCCAUCCAAAGAUAUUAUUACAGUAUAUGGCUAUUCUAUAUUUAUUUAAUCUGCUAUGACUGGGUUGAAAUUCAGGCCUUAAAAUAUCGGUCUGUCAUGGACAUUAUCUGACCCAUUCGUGAAAUUGUCUGACGUAGAGAGGAAACCACCGGACAUUCUGUCCGACCUAAGUGAAACUGAGGUUUAUUGUUUGUCCGACCUGAAUGUAUUUGUGUCCGACCUGAAUGUAUUUGUGUCCGACCGAACUGACUAGCUUUGUCGAACGUAAAUCAAAAUGUAGCCCAGUCUCUGGACUAGAGGCUUGUAUGUUAAAUGGAAAAUCAGAGUACUAUUGUAUAAAAGGUGAACUGGAAAUGCUGUUUUAACGUAGACGAGCGCGGGGCGGCGAGCGAAAUGGUGAAGUGGAAAACAGGCUUAAGUUGUCGAAGUCUUUUUUAAUACUGCUGUUCUGGAAAGCAAGUUAAUUUUGGCUUGGAAAUAAAUAUGCAAGAAACUAAUUAUUUAAUAUCUUUACAAUAUUUACGUUCAUAAUCAAUCAGUGCAUUUGUGCUGGUAUUCAUUUGUGUCAUUUAGACUUAUUUCGGAGUCAAAACUGAACUGAAGGUCAUCGGACAUAUGUCCGACCCAAACUCAACGUCAUCGGACAUUUUGUCAGACGCGGCCUUGCAAAAGAUAUUUUAAGGCCUGCAAAAUUGUUGUGUGUUGUUGUCAAAUCUUCCCCAGAAUGCAGAAAAUGCUCUACAGUCAGUAGAUUUCAAAUUUCAAAAUGUCCAGGGGUGGUCACAUGUAUGCCGCCGGAGUUUAGACACACCUGCAUGGGGUUAGUUUAGCUAUACCCCCAAAACAAAAAUCUAGUAUAUAUACUGCCUUGUAAUGGCUAUCCCUGACUCUAGGUUUUGAAUUUGGCUCAAUAACUAAUGUAGCCUAGUCUACCUUUGAAGCUAACAGCACCAGGCCCUGAGGCCCAGGCGAGAGUGAGCUCCGCACCCCCAUACGGAUUUGGGGUUGACGCGUAACUCUUAGAGCGCUUAUUUCCACCAUGAACUCGAAGAUAGCCCAUUAGGCCACAGAGGUAACACUGGUCCAUUGCUUCUUAACUCGGUACAUGCAUGUAGCAUUCUUUUAGUGACGACUCUCAUAAUGUUACAGGCGACAUACAGCGUGUUCAACCGAUUCAGCAACCACCUGCAUCGCAAACAAUCGCUUCUCUUACUAAUCAUUUCUUUUACUAAUCAACAUUAAUAUAAUGAAAAUUAAAAAUACAGUUAUUAUACCAAUGAGGGCAGGCCUAGCAAAUUGCUCGAUUUUUAGUAGAAUCUGCCUGACCAAAAUUUGACUGCAGGGGUCGUACAGGCGGAAGAAAAUUAGGCAGACGGACAAAAUAUUUGCCCGCCGUUGAUGGAAAUUGCCGACAUUUUCAUUGGUUCAUUGAAAAAUGAAUAGAAGGAACUGAUCUCUUAUAGAGUACAGAUACAAUUAUUUAUAGUAAUUUUGGAAAACGUAAAAAUUGCAAUUUCCGUACUAUAUGGCAAUUUCCAUACUAUACCCAUACGAAAAUGGGAUUUUCCUACUAUUUCCAACGAAGAUCCAUACUAUUUCCGUAGUAUACAUUUUGAAAAUAAUACCGCACCCUGGGAGUUUGUCAACUCUACUGUCUUCUUAAUUUCUGUUUUAGAUUCCAGGACAUUCCCGAGUCCGACCACUCACAUCAUUUGCACCAGAAAGGAAUGCUGUUUCGUCAACCAGUGACAAAAGACAAAUAACUGCAAGGCCAAAAACAUCACAAGCUCUUCAUCGGAAACAAACCACAGACACCGACGCACAGUAAGUUUUUACAUGAACGGUUCGAACGAUUCGUACGAAUCUCGGAUAUCAAGCUGAGCUGUUUUAUGGAGCUGCGAUUAAUUUGAUCGAUUUCAAGUCAGGGUGUAUAGACCCAUUGCACUGACGUCGCAAAUCCUUAGAGUGUCCUCCAGAUGCUCCCUGACAAUAUCUGUUCAGGUACACACAGGGCGAAAAAACAGAUUUGCACUAGGCUUUGCAACCCGGUGCAAAGGUGCCAUUGCCGUAAUCGCAUCAAAUUGGCAAGGUUGCAAAUAUUUUGGCAAAUUUAGAAACCAAAUUAUGGACGAAAAUACCCACAAAUUCACUUGUGCAAAUAAAAGUUAAUUUGAGCCAAAUUUAUCCUAUACCCAUUCCCUCUCAAAAAAGAGAAUUGUAUUUACCAAUAUGAGGCUAAAAAUUUAUUUACCAAUUUGCUUUCCAAAUUUGAACAAAAUUUGCACAAUAGCAAAUUUGAUGCGAUUACGGCAAUGGCACCUUUGCAGGGGGUUGCAAAGUUGGAGCAAAUCUAUUUUUUCGUCCUGUGACAACAACCACAUAUAGCGGAAAAAUGAACCAUUUUAAUAAAAAAUUAUUAUAAAGUUUUGCAAAAUUUGCUUUGUUUACAAAAGUUAUAUUAUGCAUGGAUUGCUAAUUUGUCCUCCAGAUGCAUCGUCACCGGCGCUGUGACGUCAUGUGCAAUGGGUCCAUAUGGUUACUGGAGUAGGGAAACUCCACCCGUCUCAUUUUGGAAGGGUUCAAUCAUCCCUAUUUCGGGAAAAAAUAGGACUGAUCAUGCUGUCGAUAUACUCUUAUUUUGAAGACAAUAGACUUUACCGUUUAUUUACGUUUGAACCAAUACCCUCGUUUUUGUGUCGGGUAUUUACUCGUGUUUCGUUCACAGUAGGGUUAAGAACUUACUUGCUAUUGGGCUUAACAUCCACCAACGGGGAACCAAAUCGUGAAGGAAACAUGGGAAUAUAACCUUCAUGUGCGUCUAUCUUGCAAAAACUGGCAAACACUAAAACGAAGCAUUUGGGUUAAAAAUGAAUAAACGCGAUAAGGUGUAUUUUGCCCAUGGCGAAUCAUGCAUCACUAGGGUGGUUGUUCGUUUAGAAUAGAUGGUCAUGAUGGCCAAUUUCUGCGUUUUGACGUUGAAAUCGUGCCAAUUGGAUAACAAAAUAUUGCAAAUACAAACGUUUCUACUUCACUCAAUCCCUCUUUCCCUUUCUUACAUUUCUCCCGUUCCGUUUUCCUCAUUUCCUCUUUUUAGGUUAGUUUUCUUUCUUCAAGCUCCUGUAUACACGCCUGGUCCGAAUUUGAUAUUCGACAUUGCAUGCUAUUAUCCCAAAUAAUUACUACACGUGUAGUUCUUUGAAUUCAUUCCUGUUCUGUGCCAAUUGUUGUGCAGUCUGCAGACUGACCUAACUACAGCGGUACUCUUCCGUGUACAUUUCUGUAAUCUGAACUAUUAAAUAAGCACAAACUUAUCUCAUCAUGGUAAAUGUGGCAAAAGUUAUAGCCUAUGCAAUAUGAGUCCAGUUUGCCGGGGAGCUUACCUGAGUGCAUGGAUAAAUGAUUCUUGUGUGCCUAUCUUGUUUUUUCCGAUCUAAUACCCCGUCUCGGUGGGACGACAUUAUGUGAACAUGGCGUUUUCGAAAUACUUUUUGUUGUAAUUAAACAGACUGCACCUUGUAUUAUGAUACAUGCAUAAAAAAUAAUUUUGGAUUUUGUCAUGGCCCCUAUUGGCCCCUCAGCCUUGUUUUCGUGUUUAAGCUUAUUUCCACAUUUAUUGGUCAUUUAUACAUGUGUUGAAGAAGGAUGUUCUGCUCCUCUGACCAUAGCCCGUGAGAAACAAACUUAAAAUCCAUUCCAUUUAAGGUGGUCCUAAGUUGAAAACGGUGUUAGUCGUGACGUAAUUACUGGAAAGAUCUAUAUUUUAAUAGUAUUGCCCGUAAGAACAACCCCCCCUGUCAGGGACCUUAGCCCCGUCAUCGGGGAAUUCUUGGCGGUUCCCCAGUUGUCACAGUAAAAACCUGGCUGAAGAGAUUUAGUACAACUGCUACAGUGACUUUCCGGUACCAACUUCCACUGAACACCGCGUUACUGCCUACUGAUUAUGUUUUAAAGUAAUAUUCUGCUUGUUUGUAAUAGGAAACAUUUGCCAAACAAAACGCAGAAUGAAAGUCAAACGUUGGAGAAUAUUGGUUCAGAUGCCAGGCGGAAGACGAAUGCUAACAGACCUUCAUCGCACAUUGCUAACCGUCAUAAUGCAGAAAGAGACCGAAGUAUUUCAUUUGGCAGUGAUUCAGCAGGAAUUCGAAAACACCGUGGUAGUAAAUCCACAAAAGGUAUAGAUGCAUCACGAAGUUUUUUUUCUUUUUGCAUGUGUCAGGUAUUUCGGGCUCAAGUUGACCUGUCAAGGCAUAGAAGGGAAUCAAUUUACAAUUACCACCAUUGUCUUAAAGAAAAAAUGCUAUUGUGUAUGAGCGUACGUCAUCAUUCAUGUUGCCGUUGUAUUUCCCAAACUCACUGUUUCAAACGGCAACAGGAAGGGAUUCACUAGGAACAAUCGCCACUUUAUCAUCUUUGCUUUGCUUGCCUUAGGUUACAUUACUUCCACAUUAAUCCGUUUUCGAAUCCCUUCCUUUUUUAUACUUCGAAAACGCAUACAAAUAUCUGGAUCUACACUAGCAUUUUCGGAUCUUUUUUUACCAUCCACACUAGCACUUAGAAAGCAAAUCUUAUUUUCGAUCCUUAUUUAUUCAUGUCAUUUAUUGAUCAUUUUAUGGUCAGUUCCGUAAAAUAUCACAAGAACAUCAGGAAACCUUUUACGGAGACAGAGGCAAAUUUAUCCAGGUUUGACCUAAAAGCUUCGCAUAUAAUAGUGCUGCUAGUGGCUUACUGUAGCGGUCACGCAUGAUCGUGUUUAUGACGUUCGAGUUUUUGAAAUAUCUUUGUUUUUGGCCGUCCACAUUGACCCAAUAUACUGUACCUCCGUUUUCAAAAGUCUCCAAUUUCAAAGCCGUUUUCGAAAAGCCUUGUUUUCAUUGAAGAAGGUAUCCGUUUUCCAUCGUAUUAGUGUGGACGAUCGGUAGAAACGCAUACAAAACGAAAACGGACUAAUAUGGACAGGACCUUAAUAUAGACCUUAAGCAUAAGGAUGUCACAUGGCGCUAUGCGCGCGAGGAAUCCUGGUAUUAGUGGUCAUGACGGGAAAACGAUCCAAGAUGACCACUGUCGUACUCGUACGUGAAUGUGCUGCUGUUUUUUGUUGUCUUGUAAAGUCUGUUGAAGCCAAUGAAGACCCUAGCUAGUUCUUUUCAAAACUCUUGCACGAGUAUUCAGAGGUUUGACAGUAACAACAACUCCACUUUCAUCGACCAGUACGAGUAAAACAAGUGAUGGUUUUACGUAUUGUGUUCGUGGAUGUUUAGGCUACAAACAAUGAAGGAAAUCCCGAGCUUUCCUUUUAGAAUUUUCCAAAUGAGAAAAAAGUGUGGAAUAAAUUUAAUUGCCUGCAAAGAUUUCUCUCCAACAACAUACCAUUGAGCAUGUGUUCUUUGCAUUUUUCAGGAGGACGUAAAACCUACAUGAACCAGUUGCCAUAUUUGAAUGUUCCAAAGCCUUACAACAACGAAUUAUCGACUAGCAGUAAAAGCACAGAAUAUAACUCUUGUAUAUAUAGCAGGAUAUACUUUGGUAUUUUUUUAUUGUUCAUGGUAAAACAACCAGCAACACGUUAAACCACCAGUUUUUUCUCGUACUAUAUUCGAUGAAAGCAGACUGUUGCCGUUCCUUUCAGGGCUGUCAAACCUCUGAAUACCCGUGCAAGAGUUCUGAAAAGAACUAGGAUCUUCAUUGGCUUGAACUGCCUUUAAAACACGACAAAGAACAGCAGCACAGUCACCUUGGGCAGAGGCCAUGUUGGAUUGUUUUCCCAUCCUGUAUACUAAGAGAAGAAUUCUCCGCAUGCAUCACGCCUAACCUUGUGACGUUAUUGCGCAUAAGGUUGAGGAUUACCACCGAAUUAGCGUGCUUGCUUGAAUAUCAUGCAUGCCAAGCUCGUGCUAGAAUGUAAGCCAAGCACGUCGCGGUCACAUUCAGAAAAGUAUUGCAUGCUUGUUUGCUGUAGUUAACAGAUGCAUGACUAUAUCUAAUAAUCUAAAUGUCCAUUAAUUAAUUAAAUUAAAACUAUAUUCUUGGGAUAUCCUAACAGUUUUGGGUAUUACAGUAUGUACAGUAGUGUAUUUUGGCUAGAUGGAGAAUGCUUAGAUAUCAAAAUGACAUGUUCAAAUUGACUAUCUAUUAGCUAUAGUGUACCAGUUGACCGGCCCGCUUCCGUACUCCUUGUAACUAUGUACCAUACAUCAUCGUACAUGCAUGUACAAGUGGAUUGUAAGCUAUCGAAAUAUUCGUUCCUUUAAUUUAAUUUGUUUUAUCUUUAGAGUUAAAAAUCAAUAUCAGUCAAAGUAAAUCCUCAAUAAGGUCAUCCGGUGCAUUUGAUCCAUCAAAUUUCAAUCCAGUUCAACGAAAAGUAGCUUGGCAAUCUGAUUCAGAUGUUGUAAGCACUCUAUCAGAGAACCAUGAUGACGAAUGUCUUAAAGACAGUUUUCAACCACCGAUGCUUGGCACUGAAGAUAGUGGAAGUGAAUAUGAUACUGAUCUUGAAACAGAACCUCCAGGUAUGUAGAACAGAAUUUAACAGUGGAGAAGUUAAUUAGUAUAGGAAAUUACACGGUUCGAGAAGUAUUAAUAAAAAAUCGUACGCGUGUUUGGCGAAAUAUUUAUAAUGCCGCGAGUGCGUAGCAUGCACAAGCGGUACUAUAAAUAAUUCGCCAAACGCAAGUGUGAUUUUCCAUUAAUACUUCGAGAACGGUUUUUAACCAAUCAGAAUCGAAUACAUUGACUAAAAUAAUAUUAAGGAAGUAGCUUUUGAAAUGUAAUAAUAAACAAUAAUUAUAACAUAUACUAGAAUUUUCUGUACUUUUUCUGCGCAUUUGACGUACUUACUGUAGCUUCUUCAAUUUGGCGCUAUCGUAUACUGCCAUAGGAAGCUGAACAGGUUUAUACUUCCAUGAAAACGUGCAGUAGAUGCUGUACUACAUUCAUUUGGUAAACUUAUUUAAAUAUUUCAAGCACAAGCUAUGUAAUAUCAGUGAGCUCGACAAUAUUAUAUCUGGAGCGAGAACUCGAGUUUUAAUUUCCGCCAAAAAUGGCGGAAAUUGAAGAGCUAUAGGAAGUCAACCCAGUCCCUUUCCGAAGUUUCGUAUUUCUACUGCUAUUUAAAGACCACAAAACUUGAUCUGUUCCGUUAUGUUCCGUUAGAAAAAGCUGGAAUUACCUGGGAAAAUGGUACAGUAAAAAAUCUGUUCGGCUAAAAAACGAAAAAACCUGUUUAGAUAGGAAGUAAAAAACGUAAUAGCUAUUAGAUGUCAAUUCCGCCAUCUUGACUUGUGUGAUUUUAACGGAAAAAAUCGAGGAAAAAGUUUAUGCAAAUCAGGAUAAUUAACAAUUAGACAACGAGGCCGAGUUGUCUAUGAGCGAAUAGUCAACGAGGCGAAGCCGAGUUGACUAUUUGCUCAUAGACAACGAGGCCGAGUUGUCUAAUUAUUUUAGUAUAAACUUUAACAUUAAUUUACAACUAGGCUGCAAACACAAUACAAAAAUACACAAAAAAACACAUUAUAAAACCAUUAAAGGUAAACAAAUAUUUUAUAUCGUAGCCAAUCAGAAGGCACGAAAUGUGAUAGCCUACGAGUAGGUUUAUACUAAUAAUAAUUAAUAAAGAAAAUUCAAAAGAAAUCAAUGUCUAACGAGGUGUUCUUUCCAUGUACUAUACAAAAUUAGUAUAAACCUACUAGAAGGCUAUCACAUUUCGUGCCUUCUGAUUGGCUACGCUACUAGUAGGCUAUUAGUGAUAGCCUACUAAUAGAAAAUUCAAAAUGGCGGAAAAUUCGCGUUUUGCACUUUUGCCGAAGUGUCUGAUGAUUUUUUGGACGCUUGUUGAACAAUUCUGUACUAAACCCCCCGAAAAAAGCAACAAAAAUAUGGAAUGGCAAUUUUUAAGGGUAAGAAAAUAGACAAAAUAACAUACACUCAAUGAAAUUUUAAAAUUAAAACUGAAUUUUGUAAAACAUUUUACGCGAACAAAAACUAAAAUAUUUGUUUACCUUUAAUGGUUUUAUAAUGUUUUUGUGUAUUUUUGUAUUGUGUUUGCAGCCUAGUUGUAAAUUAAUGUUAAAGUUUAUACUAAAACAAUUAGACAACUCGGCCUCGUUGUCUAUGAGCAAAUAGUCAACUCGGCUUCGCCUCGUUGACUAUUCGCUCAUAGACAACUCGGCCUCGUUGUCUAAUUGUUAAUUAAUGAGUUUUACAAAUAGUUGCCAUGGUUCCAAAGGUUUAUUUUCGUUGUAUAUAUACUGUUAGAAAAUGCGAGCUGUAUAAAUAAACUUCAGGUUGAAAGCGGCAAUAUAGCCUCGCUAUCGUACAACGACAUCCAAUUAACAACCAACCAAUUAAAACACUUGACUUUUGAAAAGGUUUGAACUGGACCAAUCCGAGAACAUUUUUGUUAUCAUCCAAUAAGGAGACAGAAUCAGAAUCGCACCCCAAACUUAAAACCAUUUGACGAGGUGCAGUCAAUCAAUUGCCGCUUUCAAACAGAGUUUCCCUUCGCAUUUUCUAGUGUUAUAUUCAAUGAAAAUCCUCUGGCUCACAAAUAAUAAAUAAAAUAUUUCUCUCUUUUUCAGCUGCUCCAAAACAGUAUGACUCAUCAGGAAAAUACACGUAUCUUAAAGUAUGCAAGCAGGAAGGUAUCGUAAAUGUACUGACUUUUAGAAAUCUUUUUAGAAAUUUUAUUUAAAUCCAAAAAAGGAAAGGUUUUAUUAUAAUUGUAAGAUCGAAUGUAUUUCCAUCCGGCAACUCCAAAACAUACAACGGUAUUUCGAUUACAUGAUGCUUUUCUUGGGAGUAUAUACGUUUUAUUUUAUUAUUGUAGUCAAGUGAGGCCAUUUGAGUUUCGAAGUCGAUUCAGAUCGCGCUUGAAAUCUCAUGGAAUCCGAUUUUCUAGGUUUUGAAAUCGCAUCUCAUACUCAUAACUCUUUUCUCAGUAGAAAAUUAAUGAAGAACCAGCCCUGACACUGAACUGUAGUUUUGAUCCAGUCCUAAGACUUGAUCAAUAAAUAUAAUUUAGUCAGUGUUGGGCAUUAUCGUGCAUGUCAGCGAACUAAAGCAAUAUGGUUGGCUAAUAUAAUUGGCCGGAAUUAAGGUUUUUAAUUUUUUUUCUCUAUGAAGAUUCUCACUAUACUGUAUCGAAAUUAAGAUGUGGUGUUGAGCAGCCAUCUGUACUGAAUUUAUUGGGAUGCAUGGGAAACAGUCAAAACACAAAGAAUGAAAGCUACAGCGAGAAGGAUUUAAGAAUACUUGAUAUUAGCAAAAAUUCAGUUUUGAAAAAUGGCCUUUGAGCAGGGCUAGAAGUAGAGAAAAAAUAUGGCCUGCCAGUUUAAAUUUUUUGGCAGGUGAAAUAAAUUUUAGCCUGACAUUUUUAUUCAUGUACUGCCAAAAUGGCGAUGUCUCAUAUAGGAGUCAUAUAAUUGUAAAAAUCAAUGUUUUCAUGAUAUGCAUUGAAAAAUGGCCUUUGGAUAUUCUGAUUGGUUCCCUCAGCAGUACCUCUGAGCCAAUAGUUACUGCUCUGAGCAGUAACUAUUGCUCUUCCCAAAAAAAUGGCUGAACGUCAGACGGAUUCUAAAUUAUUUAUGCAAAUUAUAUUCAUAAAAUAAAUACGUGAAUUCAUUGUAAUUAUAAUUAAAACUUUUCCAACACUGAAAUUUUACUAAAACAAUUAGUCGCCUCAGUUUUGACUAGAGUAGUUGUUAAAUAUGGGGCGAAAUUCUCUUGAAGAACUAGCUAUUUACUUUGAAAAGGAAAUAUUAAACCACAAUCUUCGUGACAGCUCAACUCAAGCACUAUACUUUUUCCAAAAAACCACGUUCGAAUAGUUUGAAAAAGAGUUUUAAAACACGCGUAUGAGUGUUUUAUCAUAUUUAAAAUGCGAGUGCGCAGCACGAGCAUUUUAGAUGUGAUAAAACACGACUAUACAAGUGUUUUGAAUAGCUUCAAACACGACUACAAUAGAUGUCGUCUCAUUAGUAUUUCUUUAUAUAAAGAAUACUAAUUAGGAUGGACUUUUAUAUAAAGAAUUCUAAUGAAGAUGAUCAGUUUUAACAGGUAUAAAGCCUCUUCACGUGACAUAUUAUGGUUGACAAGAUUUGCCAAUAAGCUUAUGAAUUAUUAAUGAGUGCUUGAAAUAUAUAGAAUUUUAUAUUUGCAUGCUCAUUCCUUACUAUUUUUAAACUUGUAAUAAUUUGUUGUAUUACAAGCCCAUUGUGGAAAUGGACAUUAGCUGACAAUGUUAACGUGGUUAAAUAAAGUUUAUCAUCAUCAUCAUUAUCAUCACCCAACAAGAAUACACGUCUUUCAAAUAUUCUGAUUCAACAUACAAUAUAUAAUGAACUAAACAAAGUACGUAGUAGAGUAAAGUACAUUGCAGACAUAAAUGUUGUUUUCUCAGAAUAUGGUAUAAAUAAAUGAGCUGACUGCAGGAAGUAUAGAAUCAAUUAAGGUGGCAACACGAAUAUUCUAACUUGUCCUAAUUGGAUAAAAUAAUAGGGUUUUUUUUCAAAUUACAGUUAUUGUAGUUACUUUCGAUCAAGUUCAUCAUUUGAAGGUUGUAUCUUAGAAAUACAGUUCAUCUGCCUCACAACAUAAUUUUUUGCUCAUAUUCGUAAGACUCUUUAUCUAGGAUUUCGUCCACAAACCAUCAAUUUGAGGUCAUUUUCAUUUUUCUGCCUAAGUUUCAUUUUUCUGCCUAAGCGUCAUGCUCAUUUUGCACAUAAGGAGCACACAUGCACUCUGUCUUUAAGAGUAGAGAGGUGGGAAUUCUCUUUAAACAUCCCUUUUUAAAAGCCUGAAAUACUUUUGACAUAAUUUCUAUACUUCGGACGAGUUGAAAUAUAGGUAGGUGUCGCCAUCUUAAGUGAAUCUAGAAGGCAAGUACUGUAGUUGGUUGUUUUGAUAAUUCAAAUGUCAAUGAUUAAACGAUAGGAUAAUCAUUUUAUGUAGUAUAAAAAUCUGAAACUUCUGAUCUAUCAAAGCUAACUUUGCAACACCACAAAACAUAGACGGGGACUUUUAACACUCUUGCCUUUCAAGUCGUGUUCAAUCUUUGGUCCGACCUCUAACUGGAAAAAAUUUUGAAAAUCGAUAGAAUGGAAAUUGUAUGGACCUUUGUUGGAAAUAGAAUGGAUUUUUGAUUAUCCAUAAUAAUUAUAUAUUUCCAUACUCUGGAUAUAGUAUCGAAAUAGUAUGGAUAUACUACGCAUUUAGUAUCGAAAUAGUAUGGAUAUAUGUACCAUUUAGUGGUGCAAUUGCAAAUCUCAGAGUAUGGACUUCACACUUUUUUCCCAGUGUCUACUGGAGAAAAGCUACUUUUACAUUGACAUCAGUAAAUGGUCAGACCUUUGCGUCCUCACGGAGAAGGACGUUAAAUGGUAGGUACAGUACCUCGGAUCUCCAAUCAGUUUGGCAAUAGCUUGUUGGGAAGUCCGCUCACCAAUGAGUGAGAAAGCCAAUAAACCCAAUAAAGUCAAUAAACUCAAAAACUUCUAUAAUCCUUUAAUUUAGGCGACAAAUGUUUGAUAUACGUAUGUUAGCAACAAAAUAUGUAUGUUUACUUUGUAUCUUUUUCAGAUGUCCUUCCAGUGUCCUCAUUACAACCGAAAUUCGAGGAGAAGGAAAUGGCGAUCAAGCACAGAAGUCUUGGUUCGAAGGGAGCAUUACCUCUCGCUAAAUCAUUAUUGGUAGGCUAUAACUUGAUUUCGCUUACUUGAUUCUACGUUAAUUUAUUUGAAAACAUGUAUAGGUAAUAAGUGCGGUAUUAAUUCAACGGCUACGACUGCAUGGGGGUCAUCAAUAAUUAUCAACAUCUACACAAGCGUACAAACCUUACGCUGGGGGGAGGAGAGAGUUAAUGACCAAUGGAUUUUGUCAAAAUGUCGAUGAUGGACGUUAUCAUCACCAUUCCCUUUGUUCAGUAUUUAAGAGUACGCUAUAGGAGGGAUGAUAGAGGGGUGAUACUGAAGAGCGCUGUGCGAUUGUGAAGCAUGAUGCAAUUAUGGGCAACCCCUUACUUUUUCUAUUAGUGAUUAACCUGAUUAAAUAUAUUAAAGUAAAAAGACAAUUUGGGUACACUAUCUGAGGGUGGUAUUUAAUUAUUGUUCUAAUGUAAUGUAAUGUAAUGUAAUGUAAUGUAAUGUAAUGUAAUGUAAUGUAAUAGAAUAGUCUUUAAUUGUAUAAGCCAUAUCAUGGGAUUACCUUAUUUGUGUACUUGAAUGGCAAGAUUUCCCUUUUGUAUUUGCUAAAUUACGGCAUGCCUUACUGCACGCUUGUUUUUCUAAUUGUCGUCUUUAUGUGCAGUUUCAUUCAUAAUUUUCAUUGCAUUCAGUUCAACAUUUUUCAUAACAAAUCCCUGUAAAAUCCAUGCUCUUUUCAUUCAGCGAAUAUUUACAAUCCCUCGGACGUUUGAAAUGAUUGUUUAGAGCCAUAUAUGCAAAAUAUUUUAAAAUUCACUAUUAUCUUACAUGUAAAUCAAAUCUGCUUUUUCUGAAUUUUCAAUUCUGUUUUUAGAAAAAUGUUUAUGUUGAAAAAUUGGACUUAUCUGACAAUGGUAUUGAAGCAAUCGGUACUUCAUUUAUCGCAUCUAUGCUUGUUGAUAACUGUUAUAUUACACAAUUGGUAAGGAGCAAACAUACUAUGUUAUUAUAUCUUCUGUUAAUUGGUUUAUUGCACAUACAUGGAAAUUUAGUUUCCACUGUAAAUUUUGUACAUUUUUAGACCUAAACGAAAAUGCAAAUACUGUAUAAGUUUGCUUUGUAGGGCUCGAACCUGCCGCCCUGCGAGUGCGGUACAGCCCUCUAAUCAACUGAACUACGGAGUUUAUAUUGUCGAGCUCUAACCUCAUGCAAGUUCAUGUGUCCAUUUUUACUCAGAACAUUCCAGGAGGUGUUCGCUCACAAUAUUUUAAACUGGGGAUCGAUAUUCAUAUUCACCUGAGUACAUAACACCAACACACACACAAAAUAAUCAUAUACGGUCAUGGAAUGGAAAUUGUAUAUAUGGACCUUUAUUGGAAAUAGAAUGGAUUUUGAUGAUCCAUAAUAAUUUAAUAUUGUAUACUUCAAUACUAUGGAUAUAGUAUUGAAAUAGUAUGAUAUACUAUAUGGAUUUAGUGGUUUAAUUGCAAGUUUCAUAGUAUGGAUUUCACAUUUUUUUCCCAGUGUUGGUGGUUAUCGUAGAAGCUUAUUGCGCAUAGCAUGCGUAAAGCAUAAUUUGGUGCGUUAGGAGUGGUCGCAUUUCGGUGGGUCAUCUUGUAUGAAGGUUGCAUUGAGAUAACACUAUAGCUAUCCACUGGAUAGUGACUUUUUAAAGUUUUGUAAAAUUGGCGGUUUCUUUAUACUGUUCAAGGUCCAGUUGUAUAAAACGCAUGAUUCUGAUUGGUUAACUUUCUCACUAGUUAUAGGUAAUUUUAAUUAGCAUAUACUCCGGAGGUGGAAUAGUGUUUUUCGGUUGCUCAGCUCGGGAUAUCCUUGCACUCUUCACCUCUGGACGAAAACAAAAUGGCUUCCCGUUUCGCUUCGGUUAUAGAGACGAGCAAAUGUUAUUACUAAUCGAAGCAGCUAUAUAUUCUUUAAAGCUCCAUCUACAGUAUAUAAUGAAUAAAAUUUUAAAAAGCUUAUAAAUGCUGGUUUGUUUACAACUAUCACUGGAAAAAAAAUUGAAAAUCCAUAGAAGGUCAUAGAAUGGAAAUUGUAUGGAUUUUUAUUGGAAAUAGAAUGGAUGUUGGUUAUCCAUAAAAAUUGUAUAUUUCCAUACUAUGCAUGAUAUAGUAUCGACAUAGUAUGGAUAUACUACGGAAAUAUUUAGAGAUGCAAUUGCAAAUUUCAUAGUGUGGAUUUCACAUUUUUCCCCAGUGUAUUAUUCGGGAGCUGUAGUACGAAUUGUUUUAAAAUCAUUUUUGUUAUUUUUUUCGUCAUUUCUGUUUUAAUUUGUUAUGGUAUAUGCUAAAACAAUUGUUCAUCUCCCUGUGGUAUCCUUGCACGUUUCACCUCCAUUUCAGUGACCUUUUUAUACAACCGGCUGCAGAACUAUAAAUUAAACUAUUUUUUAUAUUAAUUGUUGGCCCAUACAAUAUUUUCACAACUUUAAACUUCUGGGGAAUAAAAAUGUUGUUAAACUUAAAUUUGUUAGGGCGAAAUUGAGUAUUUAAAGGCUUUCUUUUAAUCUUUCAUUGAAUGAAAUAAAAUCUAAACUUUUUUGACGCUGCAUUGCAGGAUCUGUCUGAAAAUGCGAUUGGUGCAGAUGGUGGCAUACUCCUGGCUGAAAUGCUGACGAGAAACCAAAUUCUCCGCAAGUUAACGCUACGUUGUAAGUGUUUUUCUCCUUGACUCCACCAAGAUAGUAUAGACAGUGUCAAAGUUGAAGGAAACUUGCUGAAAUUCCCGUAGAUAGAUUAUUUAUAUAAUUACUUUCGCCUGCAUGCCGGACAUUGUCUUGGAGUUAAUUAUAAUAUACAGAUCUGCGGUAUAUAUGUCCAAGAUGGGAUUGAUACAUUUAAAAUAUAUGUCUAGACCUAGAAAAAGUGUCUAAUGGUCCUCAGAUCCUGAUUUUGUCUUUUUCAAAUGUUCCUCACAAGUGCAUGAAAACAAUGGAAAAUUUGACCGUACAUUAUGCCAUUAUGUAUACAACAACAACAAAGUAUACUUGAUUGUAUGUAUGUAUGUUACAUUUCUCAGAUGACAGAUAAUUAGGAAAUAUGGUAUCAUGGCUAUAAGUGUGAAUUCAGGAUCCCGAGAACCCACUUUCUUCCAGGUCUGAUUGUCUUCAUUCUCUACUUCACAGAUUUGCCUCACUGUUGGCUGUUUAUGUAAUAUUUCAAAUCUAACUAUGAGGACUGGACUAGAUUUCAAACCCUCGCAAUUUGAUAAAGUCUGAGGCGAAGCCGCGAGGUCUGUGUCAAAAUGUGAGGACUUGAAACCUAUAACCCAGUCCGAAUCGGAGGAUUUGAAGUGACAUCUCAUACGAAUAAAUCAGUCCAAGGACUGAAUUAAUUUUAAUAUACUUCACCAGGUAUCCUGUAUUAUCAUGUGAGCAAAAUAAAGCAAUAUAGUUGGCUAACUUACUCAUCCAUUGUUAAUGAGUUUGAGAUAUCGCUUUAUAGUACAGUAUGUACUUAUCGUAAUGUUGUUAUAAUGCUUUGGUAUGCAACAGUUUGGAACGAGCUAGAUAUAUAAUGGAUAUAUUUUUUGUGACAUUGGGCUGGCAUGCACAUGGCUCCAUUCAAGACUCAUGAUUGACCAAUUGCUUGUUAAUGUGUAAUACUGUAACCUGAUUUUUUAGAAGUUGCUGUUUGAUUGAAUGAUUUCAUUGUAGACGCUCGAGACAUGGUGUGAAAACUCGGCAAAUUUCAAACUGUCGUCUAUAAUAAGCUGCGUUCUCGAGUGAGACCGUGCCCGAGUUUUUCGAAAUUUUGCUUAUUUCUAGUUCAACAAUACGGCUGAGUGAUUCAAUUAGCCUUUCUCACGCCGCCAUUUUUGAGUAGUAUUUCAGCCGAAGUCUGCGAGAUAAGUCCACAUAACAGCGACUUUUUAUAAUUUUUUGGACGAAUGAUGGUAAAUUUGCUUUGUAAAUGGUUAGUUUAUUUUGAAAAAUCGCUUUUCACAUUGUUUGAAUUGUCUGCAUUGGAUAAUGAAAAUUUGAUGCCACCCAAAAAUGGCGGAUAUUCGUCAUCGUGAGAAAGGCAACAGCUGGGCAUUUUGUACGGAGAAUGCGCGAAAAAAUCAAUAUGGCGACAUAUAUUAGGAGUGCUUGGUGGAUUUAUCUGGUUUUAAAGCUGAUAAAACAACAUUUCAAUGAACAAAAACUUUGUAAUAUUUAGUGGAAAACAUUAAGCUAUGCAAUCCAAACGUUUUAAAUUAAAAAUAAGUACUUUUGCUUUAUUUUAUUGCUUUUUAUGCUUUCAAAAUAGGCAAGCUCAUUUUUUUUGAAAGAAUCUAAACUAAUAUUUUACUCAUCAUUUGUUUAAUCUGAACAGAAAUUGAUAGAACACUUGGCUACAUAAGUUAUAAAGGGAAAUGGUAGCUGAUCUGAAAGAUUUCAGUAUUCCUGGUACACAUUUUAGCAAAGAAUGACUGUAAUUUUAAAAAUUAAAUAUGCAUAUCAAAAACAAUAGUUUUUAUUAGAACAACACAUAAUAAGUUGUUAUUUUCUAUUUUUACAAAAACAAGUUUGGAAACAGAAUCUAGUCCUCCAGUUUGAUGUCAUAUUCCAUUUAUUUGGAUAUUUGAAUAAAGGAAUGUGAAAUAAUAAUUGAAACUUGUCCAAAAUUUGAUACCAACACUCAAGUGAACAGAUACUAUCACCUAAAAAUAAAAGAAAACAGAACUUAGAUUUGUCAUAUAAUGCUAUGAAAAAAUCUUAGAUACUACAGGCAUAUAGUUAGCACAAUUCUUUAACAAACUCAUUAAAAUAAGUUAAGUUAUGCUAUGUAUGAUAAGAGGAUGGCAAUAUAUGACAACAUCAAAUGUUACCAUCUUCAGUGUCCAAAAAAAGUGCCGCGCGCAUUUUUCCCAGCAUACCCACUAACUUUUCCAUGAAGGAUGAUUAAUAAGGAUAGUUUUAAGCCAUAUUUCGGAGAGAGGCAAUGGGCAAAAUUUUAAGAUAUUGUUAUUUAUAUGCCAUAUCACCACAUAAUUUCACAAAGCAAGCAUGCCUAUAUUCAGGAUUGCCGUUAGACUCUUAAAACUGAACAAAUCAAUACGGCACUUCUUAUUUCAUAACAACCAAUACUUGAACAUUUUCAAAAGCAUUUUUGCAGCAAUUUUUACUGUAUAACAAACCAAUACAGGAGCAAUAUCAUAAGCAUGUGACAACAUGACAUUUUCACUUCACAAGUGGAUUUGUCAAUUACAACAUCUAGCACAUUUUUCCCAUGAAUAGCUCAGGUUUUAAUAAAACAAAGUAUGAUUUAACUUUCAUAAAAUAUAUUUUCUAACGAAAGGCAUCCGAUCUCAGUUUCUACGAAAUUGCAAGAGGAAUAUGUGUCAUUUUCAUCAAAAUAUGUAUUUUAAGACACUUAUUAUUCCAGAUGAGGAAGGACAAACAAAUUAUUGAACAUACCUGUGGAAACAACAACAACUCAGCUUCUAUCAAGAGUAAAAUAUGAACAGUUCCUUGUUUCCAUACUGCUGUACCCUGCUUCUGAAACUCUGACAAUGAGUGAAACAUUUCCACUUGUCGCCCAUUUGUAAAUAAAAAUUCUUCAUGCGAUUAAGUCGUUAUAUCGUUGCGUACAAGCACUACAACUUAAUCUUUCAAGAAACACUUCAUUUUCCAUGAACAAACCAGUAAAAGAGGACAAAAAAUCCUCUCACAAUGCAUAUUUUCAGCGUUCGAAGAAUCAAAAUGUUUGUUAAAGAAAUGCGCCCGCAAUAUUUAGACAGCGACAACAGAAUGCCCAGCUAUUUAGAUAGGCUAUUUAGCCAUUCCGAAGUUGAUGAGUGGACUGGGGACGAGCGUUAAAAUGUGCCCAAAUUAAGAAAUGAACCAAAUCACUAAAAAGAUCACCUCAAAAUUAGUAAGUGUACAAAGGUUGAAGACGUUUACGUGAAUACCCUUCGAAUAAUAAGCUUUCGAAAAUCGCGAUAUUUACUAUGAAAUUAAUAUACAGUAAUUUUUGGUUUUGGGGACGCGCGUCCCAAAAACAGUACUAGUCUUUUAAUCAGUAAUUUCACAAUUUUCGAAAGCUUAUUAUUCGAAGGGUAUUCAUGUAAACGUCUUCAAACUUUGUACACUUACUAAUUUUGAGGUGGUCUUUUUAGUGAUUUGGUUCAUUUCUUAAUUUGGGCACUUUUUAACACUCGUCCCCAGUCCACUCAACAACUUCGGAAUGGCUAAUGAGGUGAUGCUAUCAGUGGAUGAUUGCUUUACUAUGCCAAAGUUCUUCACCGCACUAUGAUUCCAUUUCCCGAACCGAGCGCUUCCUUGGAACAAUGUGCCUCCUCUUUAAACUAUCUAUUUCCAGAUCAUGAAUUGUAAUACCUCAACUAUGCAAUGUUAUUAUUUGUAACAUAAAUAUUGUAUUCUUGCAUUUCUUUCAGCGAAUCAUUUAACAGAUCGUGUUGCCAAGCGUUUUGCUGAAUCUCUUCGUGAAAACAGAACAUUAAGGCAUUUAGAUCUGAGUCACAACGAGAUUGGCGAACAAGGAGCAGUGUUUCUUGGAGCUGGACUGGUAAUUGUUAAAUAAUUAUUUCACGAUCGCUGAUCUCAAAAUAUACUGGAUGGCGCAGUUUGUUUGCCGGUCAGAUCAUGAAGCCAGUUAAUUAUACCGGGCGGGUUAUGUAAAACUUUGCCGCCUAGUUGUUUGCCUAACUGUCAAUGCGAGUGUGACUCUCUUUCCCCAUGAAGACUACAAGUAUAAUCAUGACAUGUUUGUUUUGAACGCUGCAAGUAGUACAGUUAUAUGAAAUGGCAACAGGGCCGUCGCGAUCGGGGGGGGGAGGUGCUUCACCCCACCCCCCACCCCCCCAAUAAUUUUCGCAAGUCGCAAUCGUGAAAUCGGCAUUCAGCAAAUUGUAAAAGUUGAGAACGAAGGCGUUAGAUAAAGCGAUAAAUUUUGGAUUUAAAAUAAUGGUUUGUGUGGCCUUAUGCCAAAACAAUCUAAAUGUAUUUCUAGUAAUAGUAUUAGUCUUUUAUUUGUCGAAAAUCGACGGGAGGCUGAAAUGUGAAACUAAAACUGUCUGUACCAGUGUGGGUAGUACCAAAGUGAAAAUGUUGUGCUGAGUGGUUAUAACCCAUGUUUUCAGGCUAACACAUCAACAGUUCCUAAUCCUCGGGCAUGUUCUUCGAAAAGACUAAAACUUCAGUGUCUUGAAUGUAAUUCGAUUUUUGACGACGAUUACCGUAAGAGGCACGACCAAACUUGCCAUAAGGGAAAGCGAGUGCGAGUAGUACACAAAGACGUACCGGCUAAUCCGUUUGAGGCUGCAAAGCGCGGUCAAAGCCAAAUAGAGUAUUUUGAGGCGCAGGAUCCUCAAAAAGACUUCACAGGCACAAGAGAAGAAGACCAAGAGAAAGACGAACCAUGCCGUAAGAACGGACUUGUCUUCUUUAGUUCUUUAGCGAAAUUACUGUUAACUCUGAUCAGCCUACAGUUUGGAAAGACAUACCGCAUGCAGUGAUCGGUAUCAUCGGUUGCAUAUCCGUUUUACUCGCUUAAAAUUUAAACGCUUGGAAAAUCGGCUCAAAAUACCAGCUCAAAAUACCAAAAACAGCUCAAAAUACCAAAAAAUUAUAAAUUGUCUAUUUGUCGCCUGGGGAUAAAAAAGGUCAAAUUCAUCAAAUUGUCAUGAAAAUAUUGAAACAAAAUAUCAAUGCAAUCACAUGCAGAUACUCGGAUAACUUUGCUGACUUUGCGGAGCUGCGCGUCUGCACCACAGUCUAAGACACUCGUUACUCAAACUAUGCACACACGGUAACGUUUCUGAGCGUUUUUGGUUGUAAUGCGUUUCUGAAACUGAAAGUACCAUUUUCACGUUCUGUUUACACGAAGACGUAUGAAAACGACGUCAAGAAGCAAAAACGUUUCAAAUAGUGGAAACGAUGCCAAAGAUUCAUUUUCUACGUCUGAAACGUUUGGUCGUUUUGGCACUUUGUUAUCGUCUGAACAAGAAAGUGGAAGGCGAAAAUGAAAUGCCAUAUUUGAAUUUGAAUUUGAAAACGAAGACUAAUGUUGCGACAAAAAUGAUCAAUGUGAACAAGGCGCCUAAGCGCUAAAUUUGAAAACCCCACUGCAAAAACGCUCAAAAACGAUACCGUGUGCACAUAGACAUACGCCCGUAUUCUAAAAGCUCACUCACACUCAUUGAGUGGAGGUUCAAUCUGAGCCUCUCUUGAAUGUCAAUGCUGUUUUUGAAUAGCUGGAGGGUGAGUUGUCACCGAGUAAGGUAUGACACUAGCCCUCCAGCUAUUCAAAAACAGCUUUAAUUAACACUCAAGAGAAUCUCAGAUUGAACCUCCACUCAUUGAGUGUGAGUGAGCUUUUAGAAUACGGGCGAUAGUCGCAGUCUCGAUUCAGGACUUAUUUAAAACCGCUAUGUUAAUUUUUUCAGCUUUAUAUGUUUAAUAUAAAUAAAUUAAAAUAAUACUUCUAUAUUUGAAAACAAGCGCACGAAAAUAAAUAGUUUUGUUAUCGCGGGUUCAUGUUGAGCUGUGGUUGCAGUUAUUGUGUUCUUCGAUUUCGUGAAUCGUGACCUUAUAUAUGUUUGUUCUUAUAGAAUGUGAUAUUUUAUAUAUAAAGAAACCUGAUUGCUUUGUAGCAACAACCCACGAACAGGCAUCCAUUUCAAACAAGAGCCAUAUUGGUGUCCCUUAUUACUAGGACAUCAUUAUGGUUCUCAUGUUUUUUAAGUUUAGAUAUAGGUAAUGAGAACUAUAUUGGUGUCCUAGUAAUAAAUUUAUGCCACAAUAGUCCCUAAAUGUUAGAUAAAAAAUGUAGUGUGAAAUAUGAUAGUGUGAUGGCCUGGUGUUGUUUGCACAAUGUAUGCUUGUGAAAAAAUGUUGUAUUUGAUAAAACUGAGAUAAAAAAGAUAAAAAACUCACUUGUAUAUGUAUAAAUGUGAACCUAUAAGAAAUAUAAGUGUAGGUGUAGACUUGUGGAACAUACAAUUGGAGAUGCGUGUGUGAAAUUGUAACGGAAAAUAUCCUGUGGUGUAAAAAUUUUGAUCAGACCCAAAGAGUAUGAUCGCGCUGUACUAAAAAGCUUGUAUGGAGGCAUGUAAAAUAUAUAAAGCGAGAGAAGGAGAUAGUCGUGUGUGUAAAAUUCAGUAUCCCUGUACGCGGCGUUUCGUCCUUCAUGGACUCGUCAGCAGGGAUUGGGGUUGGCACAUGUAUAAGAAGGAUAGAAUACAGAAACAGAUUUGGAUUACAGAGUGAAUAAACAUAAAAUAGCAAAAUAUGUGUAUGGUUAUUGUGAAAUAAAUGUAAAGUAUAAAGUGUCUUACCAAAUCCGCUGUUAUUUUUUGUCAAACCAACACGUUGGGCCAUUGUAUGCAGCUGUAAUUUCAGUUUUAUGUGUGAUGGUGCCAUAUAAGGAGUAGGAUCAGGGAUGGAUUUACUAUUUUUCAUGAUAAAGCAAAAACAAAUAAUAGAGACAAAAAUGAGAUACAGUAAUUUGAGUAAUAACUUGAUGAUAAGCGAACUGUGAACAACAAUUACAAUUCAAGUACAGUGGUCAAGCAAGACUUUUUAGUAGUCAAGCAAAGUGCUAUUUUUCAUGAUAAAGCAAAAACAAAUAAUAGAGACAAAAAUGAGAUACAGUAAUUUGAGUAAUAACUUGAUGAUAAGCGAACUGUGAACAACAAUUACAAUUCAAGUACAGUGGUCAAGCAAGACUUUUUAGUAGUCAAGCAAGUUGAUGGGCGGGUGGCACACAUGAUCGACACAACUCGGCACCAGAGCUAGUAGAGCACCCCCCGACUACCAGAUGAUCAUGCUGGAUCCAUCCCUGAGUGUAGGAUAGACUGACCUGAGUUGCUACCAUUGUUGUGAGUGAACUCGCGAAUGCCGUUGGCAAGAUUACUCAUGAUUAUUUAUAUAGAGUUUCUCACUAGUAAGUAAACGGGGUGGCGACGGCAAAAUCGAAGCCUUCAAGCCUGCUCCCAUCCGUGGUCUGUAGUCUAUAAUCGGAUAUCGUAAAGUGAAUGUGCAUGCUCCAAGGCAGUGAAGGCUCAGCACUGUAGUACUAUAUCUGGUUCAUUCGUUAUUAGAUGGGCGUUAACACAUUAGCCAUAUUCCUUUAAAUACUUGGCUAACUGUAUCACUGCGUCUGAUGCAUAAAACGAAAUGCUCACUUCGCAGAUGUAUUUGUUUGUAUAUUUCAGGCAAUAAACUAUGGACUAAAACAUCUUGAUCUAAGCUGGAACUGCAUACGUGGGAAAGGAGGAGUAGCGAUUGCUCAAGCUAUGAAGGUAUAAUAUAUUAAAGUUCUGGAUGAUGAAAACAUCAGGAGCUCCUUUGCGUUAAAUGAUGAGCUAUUGCAUUUGCACUCUAUAAAACUAUAUGCAAUGGUUUGGGGCUAAUCCUUCCUUGCACAACGGCUCAAUUGAUUUGCGAUCGCCAUUCGUGAAUCGGCGGUCGUUUACUGAAGCGGUCGCUUGGCUAGCGCGUUGCAUGCAGUGGCCGUUACCGCUGAGUUACAGUAUUAUGCCUGCUGCAGUAAUAUGGUUUGCAGGUAAUGGUAGGUGUAAUACUCGAGAGGUUCAGAUUUUGACUUCUAGUGCCAUUAACGAGGACUUUAAAAAAAAAUUUCCCAACCUCAAAUAUCAAUUAAAAAAUAAAUACCCAACCCUGGCCAAACUUAACAAAAGGUUGCUGUUGACAUCGCUUUUUACCCUUCAAUAUUUGAGUGAGUCAUGGUUUGGAAAUGACAAUAAGUUUUUAUUACCCAACUUUUGAGUUGUUUUGUUGUUCAUUUACCCAACCUUUUACUCGCCCAAAACUUUGUUUACCCAACCUUUUCUCUUCGGUGACACCCCAAUAAAGAGUGACCGCUCCCUAACCGCUAAGAUAGGUAGUAUGGUGUCGCCAUUGUAAACCUUUCACUCGGCCACGUUCGAGCUCCGUUCUUCGCAAUUGAGCACUCGGCAAGAUGGCGACAGCGUUCUUGUUUGAAAUCCCAAAUCUGAAAUUGCAGUGGACCGCUCAAACAAGUGACGUUUUUGAUAACAUGUGCGCCAACCAAAGUCAAUCGAGCCGUCAUAGAUGGCGAGUGAUCGCGACAGCCGUUCUUGUUUGAAAUCACGAACGUGAAGCUUUAUUGUAAUUAGCCAUUCCGAAGUUGAUGAGUGGACUGGGCACGAGUGUUAAAAAUUGCCCAAAUUAAGAAACGAACCAAAUCACUAAAAAGCCCACCUCAAAAUUAGUAAGUAUACAAAGUUUAAAGACCUUUACAUGAAUACCCUUCGAAUAAUAAGCAUUCAAAAAUUGUGAACUUACUGAUGAAAAGACAUCCUCGUCCCCAGGACCAAGCUCGGGCGGCUCUCACAGUGGAUGAUUAAAAGACGUUUUAGCACGAUCGUCCCCAAAAACAAAAAUUACCGUACAUUUCAUGGUAAAUAUCGAGAUUUUCGAAAGCUUAUUAUUCGAAGGGUAUUCAUGUAAAAGUUUUCCAACUUCGUAUACUUACUAAAAAGGCUCUUUGCACACGUUUGAAUCCCUACCAGUCACUAUAGUGUUCAGGUUGUUCGUGAAACGUAUAUGCUGCUAGCAGUAUUAGUUUUAUUUUUAGAUCAACGAUUCACUGACAACGCUUAACUUAUCUUGGAACGGCGUGUCUCUUCUUGGUUGUGUCGCACUGGGUAAAUUUCUUCGACGAAAUGAAAAUUUAAAGGAAUUGGAUCUCAGGUAUACUAGAAACUGCAUUGUACAAUAACGACAGUGAAACACGCAAUAUGAUUGGUCAUUCCCCGUCAGGAUCGGACAAUCCUGCACGGAAAAUUUAAAUGUGUUCGCACGGACGUUUUUAAUUAAAUGUCGGACAAUGAAAACAUUUUAAUUUAAAAUGGUUAUGUUAUAAGAAUUACCAAAUGGUUUUCCAUGCAGGACUUUCAGGACUCACCUGCGUCUUGUGCUUUCCAAAAGUCUCGCAGCAUCCCGCUAUCCUGCAUGGAAAACCAUUUGGCAUUCCUUUAUUCUCAAUUGCGUGUUUGUGCAAUAGAUUUCAAUAUUAACCGUUUCUUGCAGCGUACUUGUCUCAUGAAAUGGCUUUAUUGAAAUUUGAAAAUUUUGUUGUUUCGAAUGCUAACUCUAUAUUCUUCAAUUUUCACAGAAAUAAUCGAAUUGGAUAUCUUGGUGCUCAACGACUUUGCCCUGGAAUUGCCAAAAAUGUUUCUCUUGAAACUCUCAAUGUAGGUUUGUACUUUGUAGUCUUCAAUAUUUGAGUCAGUCAUGCUUAGGAAAUGACAAUAUAUUUUUAUUAUCCAAGUUGUUUUGUUUUUUAUUUACCCAACCUUUUAUAAUCUAUUAAAUUAUUGAAUACAUUUUUGAAGAUCCAGUCCCAACACUGAUCAUCUUGGUUAAGGAAGCCAGCUACAAGACAUAUUGAGUUUUAACUUCGUGUUUAAUUGGAAAUCUGGGCUGCUAACUGUAGCGACACUGGAAGGGGAGGUGGCAAGGUAGCAAACACCCCUCUCACUAAUUUCUAAUAAGCCUUUGAAUAAUAGCUGUGUGAAUAGCUGUUUAACAUUGACAAAAGUAAAACUGUAACAUUAUUUUUUAACCAUGUAGCAUUGGUUGGAUAAAAACAAUUAAGCUUUACUUUGCAUGAAAUUCAAGGGGGAAGUUUAAAGAGUACAGGUUUCCAGCAACAAAAAGUGGUCAUGUGAUGGUUAAAAGUGAUUUUUUUACACAGAUUGGUCUCAAUCCUCUUGGUGAUGAUGGUGUUGCAGCUCUGCUGAAAGCCGUCAAAAUUAAUAAAAGUUUGAAAGUUCUUAGUUUGGAGGUAUGGAAUGAAAUUGCAAAUGUUUCUAAGUAUUGUGGUAUUUGAAUACACCUUCAAUUUUCUAUAAUUACGUUACAAACCUACAGUAUCCUUGUCGUGGGAGUCUUACUCUCGUGAAUUGUGUGCGAAUUGCCUUCCGUCUCGAUUCAUUAUAUCGAGGGUUCAUGGUUUCAUGCCAGUGACGUAACCGUGACGUAAUUAUCGCAUGUUUAAUAAUUAUGCAUGAAUUGAAUUUGAUAUUACAACGCAAGUGAUUUACAACUUGAAGCCCAGUCCCAGUCUUUCAACCAAGCACAAUGCUCGACAAUCUAUUUUAACUAGAAAUACAUGCAUGCAGAAACUUUUGUUAGCAAAACCACUAUAUUAUCCAAACAUGAGGUAUUUUAAGUGGUAACGUACACGAUUAUUUUAUUCUUUAUAUUUUUAAAAUUGAAAGAUAAUAAUUAUAAGCUCCAAUUACAUGUGAAAUUCAACCACAUCGUUUUAAAAUGGUCAUGGAACUGAACUGCCUUUUAUCGAUAAACUUUGAGUUUGAAAUGAAAUGAUUUCAAAUUAUGCAAUUCUCUCAUUGAUUGAUCUCAUUGGGUGAUUUAGACUUCGCUAAUGGUUUCCUUUUUCUGGAAGUGAACAGCCGAGCGGAACCCUCGCCCCGGGCUCACCAUUUUUGAGCUUUAACCACAAGUUUACCUCAGUUGGUUAGAGCGCUGCACUGGAAUCGCCGGGCAGCAGGUUUGAUUCCUGCCAGUGUUCAAUUUUCACAACUGCUUCUGGUUAGGUGAAGAAUUGUGGAAUCUUCCGCUCGAAAUCUACAAAUCCUUACUUCAACUAUUAGUUCUAUCCAGCGAGAUGCCCAAAAAAUCUCGAUAUUUACCUAUAACGCAUUAAUAACUUUAUUGUUUUUCCCAUUAGAAUGUUACUGUGUCAUCAAACGCAUUUCGUGAAAUCGAACAGUUGGAAAAAACCCGUGAAAUUAAAAUUGUCACUGGAGGUUUGGGAAGCUUCAAGAAACCAAAGGUAUCAAGUUUCUACGCGCAAAUUUUAUACGCCAUGUUUUAUUAAUGUUGAGAUACUUGUACGUGUUUAACAGAAGCCGGUUUAAUGAAUUAUUAAUAAUAUCACGAAUUUUAAACAGGUUGGUCUGCUGUCGUGACAUUGUGCAUCUUAUCAGUAAAUUGAGUUUCUGAUGGAAAUUACUUGCAACUUUUAAGUAAAAAAUAAGGUUGACGAGUAUAAAGUCCGGAAUUGACAUUUACGGAGUCCAAUUCUGAAUAAAAAUUAUACCAAAAGAAAUAUUACCCGACCGUUACCGUUUGUGAUUUUUUCACGAAAAUACGACACGACGUUUACCGAUUUAUUUGUAGUAAAGCUUUUGCUUUGCAUGGCUGGAAAACCACCAUCGACCUGGAAUAUCCCAUCAUGAUCAUCCAAGCUUACCUAUACAUAUUUCUUUUCAAGGAAAUGCCACAACAGAUGGCGAUACUGUUGGACUUUAUCAAAGUUAACCGACUACGAUUGGUUGACUGGUUUUUCCAGUUUGAUAAAGAUCACAGUGGUGACAUCAGCAGAGAGGAAUUUAAAACUGGGUUAAAGGAAACUGGAUUAAAGAUGACUCAGGUAGGACAUUUGCAUAAUAUUUCAGUAGUUGUAUGGUGCGCGAAUCUAUCGCAUCUAGAGAAUAUAGCCGUGGUGAUGAUAUAUGGCUUGGUUGAAUAUUCGUAACUCCUUAUCAUCGUAAACUCAAGUCCGGAUCAAACGUGGAUAAGAGUGCACGAGUGUUGGCAGUCAAGUGACCUUGGCCAGCUGUUCUUAAUGAUUUUCCUACACUAUCUUGUUAUUUUCUUGCCGAUCAUUGAUCGGUGAUGAUGUUGGGUUGGUGUAUCCAGCCCUGCUACGUCGUUCAUGUUUACAGCAAUUGUAUACUCCAUACCAUGCGAACAGAUCGAGCAAUUGACACAACAUCUGUCACUACACUACGUUUCGAUAACUCUAUAACAACAAACAUCUUCUUUGCCUGGAAGCCUCAUUCUCUAAUAUGGUGAGCCAAUUGCCUUUCGUCUUGACUCGUAAGAGCAAGGCUCCCAGGCAUUAAGUACUCAUGACGUACUUAUCGAUAAGGAACACCUCGGCAAAACGUUUGUCGGCGUAUUGCCCGCUUGCACUCGAAAGACUGGGAAUGGUAGUGUCUUCACGAAGCUCUAGAAAAAGUGUAAAGAAAAUUACGUGAGUGUAAACUUAGUGACAGAAGAAGACAAUGGUGAAAUUCUCCACCUUAUAGCGUCAGUCGUGUCCUUAUAGCAAACGUUUUUCUUUUCAUGUAUUUACUUCAAUUAUCAUAUUGGUAUAUUGGCAGACAUUUUCCCGCCAUUUUCAAUUACUUGCGCAUGCGCUUGACGUUUGACCGCGGUGUUUAGGAAAGGCGUGAUGGUGUUUGUCACACCAUGCGACGAGGCCUAAAAUGUUCGCCAUUCUUGGGUGGCAAUACAUUUGAAUUAGCUAGUGAUUUACUUAAAAUUAAGUACAGUAUAGUUUGCAGCGAGACCUACUGUACGGUCAACCUGAUCGAGUCGAAGGCUCUCUAAGGGCACCUCUGGCAGCCACUGUGUGACUUGUCUGAUCACGAAGUACAGCUACGGUGGAAAGGUCAGUAAGGGGCUCGUCUCAACCCACCCUGUCCACGUUCCCUGUGGGAGGAAACCGCAGUACCCGGAGGAAGCUCGCUCGAUAGAGCGUUUACUAAGGGGCCGAUUACAUGGAGAGUUUUCAGCCCGGUAAACCGAGCUAAAAUAGCAUCACGAUUACAUGGGUGGUUUGAACCCGCGCUGAGUUUUAGUCAGAGCUAUAUUUAUCCCUUGUAGUAAACAAACCCGGGCUGAAAUGUCAUCCCGGGCUGAAAUCAUACAAUAUCACGAAAGGCAAUAUUCCGCUUGUUUGAGCAUUUAAAACGCCGAUUAGUGGACUAUUUGACUUGUGUAAGACUGUGGUUGCAUAUAAAGUAUGAAAGAUGAGACGAAACGCAAAAUAAAGCCAUUUAAACGUUUUUUUAGCCUGGGCUGAAAUUAUAUGCGAUUGCAUGGGAUAUUUCAUCCCGGUUGACAGGGCUGAAAAUCUCAUCACGGGUGACAUAAACCGGGAUGAAAAUUUCAACCCGGGCUGAAAUUAAGCCCGGAAAUUUUUUCCAUGUAAUCGUAAAAUUCAUUUUAUAUUGAAUUUAUAGGGACCCGGGGCUGAAAUUUCAUCUCGGUUUGCCGGGCUGAAAUUUCAUCCCGGGCUGAAAACCUCCAUGUAAUCGGCCCCUAAUUCUUUUCACGUGAACAUCUUGUGUCCAGAACGAGAAACGAACACACGAUCUCACGGGUGAAAGAAAGGCGCUUGCUCUUUGCCCGAUCUGCAUGACAGUCAUUAAUAUAAGCGCUUUCUUGAUGAACUAUACUUAAACGUUAUACUUGUCAUAUUCAGCUAUUCGCGAUGUUUUGUAACCAUUGUAUAUGACUGUUAUGUGCUUUAUAUUGUUAUCUUAGUAACAGCAAUUGAACCGAUUGUUUUUAUAUAGAAACAGUUGGACACUUUAAUCGAGUAUUUGGACGUUGACAACAACGGGAAAAUAGAGUACAGGUCAGUUUAUUAUGAUAUUCUACUUUAAAAUAGAAUUUAACGAAAUCUUUAAUAUCAGUACUGCAUGUACUUGUCGCAUGAGCACUUUUAACUUCUCGUCCAAGUGCUAUUAUUUUCCAAUUCACGCAGUUUAGCGGCCACCUCUCCUUCGUGUAACCAUGCCCUCAGACCUUUUCACAGUUAUUCCUGUUAGGUCUAAUAAAAUUGUUUAUAAAUUUCCACAUAAUAAUUUACAUCAACAACUAUUGAAUCGAGUGAGAUGCCAACAUAUUGAUAUUUUCAAAUUAUAAGAACCUACUUAACAGUCUCAGCAGCAUAUGUUUUCUUUCUGUUUUUCUUCUUUUUUACAUUCUUUAUUUUUACACAUCGUAGUUUAUAAACGUAUGAGUUGUGCCUCCAUUUUGUUUAUUUUAUGUACGUAGCCUGUCGAGCGGGCAGGGUGGACAACAAUUAAUUUCCACUUCUUGCCAGGCGGGAUACAAUGAAUUUAUCUAAAGCCAUGUGACUACAAAUGAGCUAAUCACGUUUGGUGUUCACCGUAGCUGUAUAACAAUAAAAUAUGUAAUCGAUUACAUAAUAAUUUUAAUUCUUGUAGUGAGCUUCUGAUUGGUCGAAACCACACAUUACGAGAACAACGAGAUUUAAGAAUGGCUCAACAAAAGUUGCGUAAUCUGGAAGACAUGAGGGCUCGUUUACCCACCAUAAAAGGGUUUGAACCUGAUUGAUGUUGCAUAUAAUGGAUAAUUAUUUAAUAUUCAAAAAGUUGGGUGAAGGAUAUACUAACCUGAAAAUAUAUAGCCUGGGUUUCAUGCCAUUUUCCCUUCCUUAGUUGGGAGUGGAGGGAAGUGAAAGAUGGCCUAACUAGGAAAUUUAAUAUGUCAUUUUGAGAUGUUGGAUACUAAGAGGCGGACCAUCGGACAAUUUUUUCUGCGGUCAGGAAUUUUAAUUAAGGUAUAUUUUGCUUUGCUUUCUUUCUUUCCCCCUCCUCCCUCACAUUUGUAAUGGCCCGUCCCUAAAUAUAAACUUUAUUUUUCUAAUUAAGAUUUGUCAGACUUUGUUUUGUAAAGUAAGUCUGAUACUCAGGCUAGAAAAUAUACAGAAAGUGUUUUUUGAGCUGUUAUAUCAUUCAACAAUCUUCUUGAAUAUUAUAUCCAUUGUUACUAUACAAUUACUUUAUGGUUUCCGUGUUUGGAUGGCCUGAUCCAAACACGCGGGAAUGUUGCGAGAGUUAAGAAAAGCGCGCGAAUUCAUACGAUUGAUAAUGUACGAUAAGAUUUCUUUACAAUAAUUUAUUUGGGUGAAUUUGUUUUGGUCGCCGUCGUCGCUUUGCCGUCCUACAUCUUAAGGUCUCUAAUAUAUAUGGUGAUGAAAACAUAAACUGGAAGAGGUUAAAAAACAGUGUUGGCAAAUGUCCGGCAGCAGCACCGCUGCCAGAAAACUUUUAAAUGUAGGUAAAUGCAUGGCUUCAUUUCCCAGUUGUUACCCAGAUAUAUAUCGAAUAAUUGAUAUUUAAGAUGGUAAGGCCCACAGGUGGACCACGGAACCAUUGGUUCCAGAAACGAUUUUAGUUGCCAUAAAAUAUUCCCCAAGAAAGGAAAAAAGAUAAUUGUAACAUUUGGAAAAAAAUAAAAGGAAAAAUUCUAAUCAAUAGAAAUAAUUUUACCUGUGUUGUAUUGUAGGUGUAAUCUCAGGAAUGCAAAGGUAUAAGUGCAUCCAUCUUAAUAGUGCCAUGAAGGGCGUAUCCAGCCCCUGAAUGAGUGGUCUCAUCGAGGGUCUAAUUCUUCGGCCUACCUGAAGCAUGGACCCCGGAAAAUAUUUCUAUGUUUAGG